GCACAACCAAGCUGAGAAAAAGCCAGUCUAUGCAUCUGCAGAGAAAGAACUCCUUUUGGGUUUAAAUAAAAGGAGAAGCUUUAGCUAGCCUACACUCCUAUAUACCACCAAAAGAACAACAGCCGAGUUGUCUUCAUUUUUGUGGAUGCCGGGGAGAAGAGUCUCUCAUCAUCUGAAGAGCUGAAGUAGUAGGAAAAGAGUACCUAUAUUAUAAAACCAAAGGCCGCGGUGCUUGGUAAUUCUUUCAAAUACAAAAACUUGGGAGUCCAAUCGUGGAAAUUUAGAGAUGAAGCCCCACUCCAAGAACCCACAACAGGUCUUCUGGCCCAGAGUCGUCAUGCGCAAGUGGCUCAACAUCUCCGCCCAAGAGUCCGAUUACAGUGCCGACACCGACGAAGACGACUGUGACGCCGACUCCGACACCCAAGAGUUUAAUCAACGGGCAAGAGAUUUGAGGUUUACAGGCAUCAAGGAAGAUGAAUCUGAGAGAGAUGAUGCUACUGACGAUCUUCCAAGGGCACGAAGACGAAAGUCAGAGACUUUUAGGGCACAGUAUAUAAACGCAAAGGAAUUCAGAGUAUGUGCUACGACAUGGAAUGUUGGAGGACAAAUUCCACCCGAUGACCUGGAUGUUGAUGGUUGGUUAGAUGUCAAUGAGCCAGCUGAUUUCUAUGUGAUUGGUCUUCAGGAGAUUGUUGCGUUGAAUGCCGGGAAUAUCUUUGGCGCCGAAGAUAGCCGCCCAAUUACUAAAUGGGAAAACAUUAUUCGUGAAACACUGGACAGAGUUCGACCUGCGACGAGCAAGGUUAAAUCUUUUAGUGAUCCUCCAUCUCCAUCAAAGUUUAAGCCAGCUGAUGAUGUCCCUGAUAUUGAAGAGGAGAGCCUACUUGAAAGUGAUGAUGAUAUUGGGGAAGAAGUCCAUCCGUUGGAUGAUGAAACCAUAAAUUCUGGUGACAGCAAGGGUAUAUCAGUCACAAAUGAAGUAGUGAAUAUUGGCGCUCAAGUUCCAGAAUUCACAGAUAAUAGUAAACCAGGCAUGGCAACCGGACAGGAUUUACAGAGGCAAAGUUAUUCUGCAAAGAGAUUGGAUAGGUUAUAUUGCCUUCGGACAGAUGAUUGUUCAUUAGAUGAUGAAGCAACUUCUGGAGUCCAAUUUAAUGGCAAGUUAACCAGAAUGCUUAGUGGAUCUGAAAGGAUUGGUUUGAGCUGGCCAGAGCCUCCAUUAAACUUGCUAUCUCAGAAUUCACUAGGAAGACAGAAUUCCUUUCGAACAAUGAAGUCCUUCAAAUCCUCAAAAUCUUUCAGAACAUACAAUUCUUUCAAGUCAGCUGUGAAUGACAUGCCAUCAGAAAUAGCAUUGCUUGCAGAGGUUGAUCUUGAAUCUCUCAUGAAACGAAAAAGAAGGUCAUCGUAUGUAAGGAUUGUAAGCAAACAGAUGGUUGGGAUUUUCCUAACUGUAUGGGUUCGUAGGAGCUUGCGUAAACAUAUUCAGAACGUUAAAGUGUCUACUGUUGGUGUUGGUGUUAUGGGAUACAUUGGUAACAAGGGAUCUAUAUCUGUCAGCAUGUCUGUGUAUCAGACGCUUUUUUGUUUUGUGUGCACACACCUGACAGCAGGGGAGAAAGAGGCAGAUGAAAUAAAAAGAAAUGCUGAUGUGAAUGAAAUACAUCGGAGAAGUCAGUUUCAUUCGUUUCCUGGUGUGGGGUUUCCCAAAACUAUCUAUGACCAUGAAAGAAUAAUCUGGUUGGGUGAUCUAAAUUAUCGUCUUAACUUGUCAUAUGAGAAAACACGAGACUUUAUCUCCAAAAAGGACUGGUCGAAGUUGGCUGAGAAAGACCAGCUUGCAAAACAAUUUAAAAAAGGCCGUGCAUUUGAUGGAUGGUCAGAGGGUGUUCUUAAUUUUCCACCGACGUAUAAGUAUGAGACCAAUUCAGAGAAGUACUGCGGGGAGGAUGUAAAGACUGGGAGGCGCACUCCAGCAUGGUGUGACCGUAUUCUUUCAUAUGGACGAGGAAUGAGGUUACUGAGUUAUAGAAGGGCUGAAAUUAGACUUUCUGAUCAUCGGCCAGUGACUGCCACAUAUGCAGUUGAGGUCGAGGUGUUUUCUCCUAGGAAGCUACAACGGGCCCUCACGUUCACUGAUGCCGAGAUUGAAAAUGAGGACGCUGUAAUGGAUGUGGGUAUUGAUUUUGGAGAGAACUGCUUAAAAUUGGGACAGGAUAUUUCCGAUUGGGAGCGUUAACGGAUGCGGAAAUGUGGUAGUUGGGAGUACGUAAAACUCGUGAAAUGUUUUACGUUUACAUUUAUAACGAACGGUCAUUUGAAGUUGGAGUGUGUAUGUCAUAGGGGAUUUUGCGCAUUGGUCUGAGGGCUUAUUAGUUGAGUCGAGUUGAGUCAGAGUCGAGACGGAACGGAGUCGGAGUCGAGACGAGUCGUAGAGAAUAUGGUUUGUACAGUGAAGUUGUAUAUUUAUACAUGUGUAUCAUCAAUGUGUGUGUAUAUAGAGAUUAUAUAUAUAUAUAUAUAUAUAUAUAUAUAUAUAUAUAUAUAUAUCUUAGUACAAAGUUUCAAUUUCUGAUAGUAAAAAAUAAAGUUUGAUUGCAUCGUUUA